AUGGUGAAGCCCUGUUAUGUUGAUGGUAAUGGAAUAAAGAAAGGUGCGUGGAGUGAAGAAGAUAACAAGUUGAGAGAACAUAUUCAGAGCUCCGGGCACUCAAAUUGGCGAUUGCUGCCCCAAUAUGCCGGUUUAGCUAGAAGUGGUAAGAGUUGCAGACUACGGUGGGUAAAUUACCUCAAGCCUGGAGUGAAAAGAGGGAACUACAGUAAAGAGGAAGUUGAUCUUAUCAUGGGACUACAUGCCAAACUUGGAAACAAGUGGUCAGACAUUGCGAAAAACUUGCCUGGAAGAACAGACAACGAUAUAAAAAACUACUGGCACGCACAUGUAAAGAAACGCCUCAAAAGAAAUGUCACAGGAACUUCCUCAUUGUCUGAAAUAUCUCAGGAAGAGCCCGACAAGGACUUUGUUAUGGCAGAAUCCUCAUUGAAAGCCCAUGAACACGAUAACAUCAUCGCCCAAACUUGCAAGAUGCCCAAGACCUAA